UGCAAGUCCAAACACACUGAACUAAAUACUACAACCAAAAUGGCAAACAAGGUAGAAACCCUAGUUGCAAGCGCUGCAAUCAAAUGCCCAGCUGAUAAGUUCUACAAUUUCUUCAAGCUCGACAUGAACGAAAUUGUCAAGAUAUUCCCGGCAGCCUUCACCGGAGUUGAGCUCGUCGAAGGGGAGGAGGGCGCCGUUGGCUGCGUCAAGAUCUGGCACUACAUUGUUGGAGCAAUUCCAACAACUGCCAAGGCUUUGAUAGAGGCAAUAGAUGAUGCUGCAAAAAUCAUCACAUUUUCUAUUUUGGAAGGAGAUCUUCUGAAAGUGUACAAGAGUUUUAAAGUGACUCUUAGUGUGAGUGAUGGUUUGGCAAAAUGGAGCUUUGAGUAUGAGAAAUCUACUAUUCUCUCUCCUCCUCCUCAACUCUAUGUUCCUCUUGCCGUUACUCUCUGCACUCUCGUCGAUGCCUAUCUUCUCAUCAACUGAGUUGCGUUCCUUUUAUCUCCGAUUUGUAAUCGUUUCAUCUCCUAUACUAUCCUACUGUCUGGUUAUGUGUGUUGAUGCUACUCAUGUUUGGAUUUGAUGUAUUAUGUGUAUCACACCAGUUCGUGUGAUCAUAUAUAAAAUAAUAUAAGUUUCCCUUUGUGUGAUAA